AUGAGGAUAAUAGUGAUAGGCGAAAGUGGGGUUGGAAAAACUUGUCUAAUGAUGCGUUACGCGACUGGGGACGACUUCGGCCAAUAUAGAGCAACGGUAGGGUUGGAUUGUAAAACUAAAUCUCUUGUCAUCGACGGUGAGAAGGUGGAUCUUGCUAUAUGGGAUACGGCCGGGACCGAAAGGUUUCGUACGGUUGGCCCAUCGUACUAUAGGGGUUGCCAUGGAGCCAUUCUGGUGUAUGACGUCACCGACAGGGGAACAUUGUACAAGCUAGAAUCGUGGUUAAACGAGCUGGAACUGCACGGUACGCCACACGACAAAGUAGCUAAAAUGAUUGUGGGUAAUAAGAUCGACGAGAUGGACCAGCAGGAUCAAGAGGAAAGGAUACGCAGAAGGAAGGAUGGGCAGCUGUUUGCCAAAAAGCACGACUCGAUGUUCAUCGAAACAUCGGCAAAAACGAACCAAGGCGUAAAAGAUGCAUUUGAGCAAUUAGCUCGUAAGAUUAUGGAAACCAACGUUUCGUGGAAGCGAAUCAAUAGCGCAGCUGCCGUUAAUGUACAUAACAUUCCGUCACCUGCGAAAAAAAGCAGCUGUUGCUAG